AUGAAGGCACCAUCGAAAAUCGUUAAUCUCGCCGAGGGCCAGUACAAGCUCAUCACCACCAAUAUCGAAGGAGGGCACAUGGCGCAUUUGGAGAAGAUGACGAAAGGAACGCCACGUCCGAUCAAACGUCAACCCGGCCGCUACGACCUGGCUGCACGCGGCCUCGCGCUGAGAAUGGAUAUCGAAAAGUUUAAGGCCUGGAAGUCGAAGCAGCCCCCGAGGCCGAAGGAAAAACCGGCCUUGACUGUCACGGGCAAUGAUCCGCAGACCAGGGAAAUAGCUCUGAAGAUUAUCGCAAAGUUGAGCAGCGAAGACUAUCUGGCAAUGGACAACAAGGAGCCGUACUACACCCCGGAUGGCGACGCGAUUCAUAGUUUAUACUUGGAACUCGAAGAUAUAUUCAAAGAGGAAUACGGAGUGGCGCGGCCCCAGGGAAGGACGAUUGUCGUCGGGGACCUACAUGGAAAUUUCAACGACCUUUGGCGCAUCAUCCAUGCAUGGCUGUCAGAUGUAGUUGAUCAAGGGCCCAAACAAAACAUCAUCUUCCUCGGCGACAUCGUCGAUCGGGGGCCCCGUCAACUGGAAUGCUUGAUCCUGAUUUUGGCAUACAAGGCGGUCUUCCCCAAACAGGUUUUCAUCGUCCGUGGUAAUCACGAAGAAUCGGACACUUGCGAAGAUUUCCAAGCCGACAUGCUUGCUCGCGGAUACAGCGACGAGGCGGAGCAAGCCAUCAAAUUGCUUCUCGAUCUUUUCGAAAAGUUGCCAAGCCUUGGGGUGAUUGACGGUCGGAUUCUCUGCAUGCACGGCAUGCUAGCGGUCGAGCUAACAAAAGAGGAUCUGGCAGUCCAAGCUGAUCUAUCUCCGGCACAUUUCUCCGACAUGGCCCGGAACAUGCGGUGGAAUGAUCCGUCAGAGGAAGUCGUCCGUAUCUCGCCCAACACCUCGCGCGGUGGCGGCCAGCUCUGGCCUCCGAAAAAAAUCGAGGAAACGAUCGAAAUGCUGGGCAUCGACUUCGUCCUCCGCGGUCACCAGAUGAUGACGAACGGCGUACGCAGGUUUGCCAAUCUUCCAUUGGCCACCGUCUUCUCAUCGUCGUUCUACUGCGACGAGAAAAAUCUUGGCGCCGUUCUCUUCGUCGAUCCUGAGAAGAACGCCAUCGUGCCGAUCUUCAUCGUCAACAUGAACGACAAGAUCGAGACGCAAGAUGCAUUCGACAAGAGACUGGCUGAGGGUUGGAAAGCCAAGGAUUAUACGGCCACUAAGGAGCAAACGAAAAUGGCAAAGCCGAACGUGAAGAAGAAUAAAAAGAAA